UGUUUUGCAUCAGUGUGGGAGUUGUAAUGAUCGGUGUAUUACUGGCUUCGGCUUUUGAGGACGUACCUGAGUGGUGAUGAUCAUGGCCGAAGCAUCGUUGUCUGCAAGUGGCGAGGAUCCAUUUUUGGAGGUGAAAGCUAUUUCAAGGGUUCUGUCGUCUGAGGCUACCCGAGGAUCCGAUGGGCUGGAGGAAACUUUUCAAAAUUCGCCCUCAGCCACGCAAUUUCUGCGUACAUUAAGCAUUCCCAGAACGGACCAGACUAAGGCACAUGUCAGGCAGAGGGCUGUGCAACCUGGUGAGACUAAAAAGCACCUGAUUGGAGAACUUCCUGGUGGUCGCCCGAGGAGUGCGACUUGCGUUUGUCAGGUGCAAGGAUCGGUUCCUGUCCCCGUUAGGACCCCUCAAAGGACUCCCCACAAAUCCCCCCGCAAAUCUCUCCUCAAGUCUAAAGGGGAAGGUUUAGAGUUUAAUUGUUCCUGUAAGCGCCAUGGCGAGCGUUACCAACAAGGGAAUUGGAGUGGUGAAGAAUGGGAAAGCAAUAGCUUUGCCACUAAGAAAGCAGGAGCAUGCAAGUGUGUGGCGGGGGCAGUAGUUGAUUGUACAGCUGUGUGUUGUUGCCCUCUCUCUCUUCUGCAUCUUUUAGCUCUUGCUUGUAUCAAGCUGCCCUCUAUUGUUGUCAUUCGGGUCCUGAGGAAAGCGAAAACCAAGCUUCGCAAGAAACAGAAGUGUCAAGAAGCUAAUGAGCAUAAUAUUGGUCCAACCACACCCUUCACGCCCUCUCUUUCGUGCCAAGAAUCUACGAGUGACGUCUCUUGGGCGCCAGACUCAGGAUUCGGUGAUCAUCGGAUGUGGCAAGAGUAUUUCGGGGGGGAGGAAAUCAGCCUUGCGGAUCACUAGAGAGAAGGAUCUAGUGUCUACAUUUUGUACAGAACGGAUCACUACUGUGCGCAGAAUGUUGAUUUCCGCUCUUUUGCAGCCUCGUACAGAGAGGUCAUGCCUUUCGUCUGCACCCCCGCUGUGUUUCUUUUUUCUUGGGUCAACGUGCUCUAUUGGCAGAGCGAUAUGUCUUGUCUUAUCCAUCUUGGAUGUGGAGUAUUAUUUCACCAGACUAGUACAUUCUUUGAAUGUUUAUUUGAGCGUCCUCUAGAAUUUUGUGAAACACACAGAAGAGGACGAAAGUGAUUCUCUUAGGUACGUGGACUCAUGCCGCAUUCCCACGUUUUAGCCUCUUGGCAGGGAGUGCUUGCUGGGCCACCGGGAUAUGUUCUGGGAUUCUCAUGAAAAGUCAUUUAAGUUUUAAUUGUAUUCAGGAACAUAGAUAUACUUCAAGGAGAAGUGACAGUGGUUCUUUUUGGUGCCUAAUUAAAGUCCUUCCUUGGAGACCGAUUCUUCUGUAUGAAGACCUGUGAUUGUAAUGUAUCUACAUUUCUUCAACGAAGUUUUACAUUCUUCUUCUGGUUA